AUGGAUCUCAGCAGCAGCAGCAGCAGUCCCGCGAUGGCAGCAGAUGAAGACGAAGCCGUCCGUUUUGCGCUCCUCAGAGCCGGAUUCCUGGCGUUAAUUCUUGUGUUUGCCACAUGUGGCAACCUUUUCUUCUUGGUCACCCUGUGGAAGAGGAGGAAGAGGAACUCGCGGACGCAGCUCUUCCUCUUGCACCUGUGUCUGGCGGAUCUGGUGGUGGCUUUCUUCCAAGUCCUGCCGCAGCUCUCCAUGGAAAUUACGCACGGGUUCCGCGGGACGGACUUCCUCUGUCGCCUCGUGAAGUACUUGCAGGUGGUCGGGAUGUUCGCCUCCGCCUACAUGAUUGUGGCCAUGGCUAUUGACCGCUACCACGCCGUUUGUAAGCCCAUGGUCUCCUUCCUGGAGGGCUCCUUCAGGAGGUACAUCUCCAUCGGCGCGGCGUGGCUCAUCUCCCUCGUCUUCAGCUCCCCGCAGCUCUUCAUCUUCUCCCUCCAGGAGGUGGAGGCGAACCUGCACGACUGCUGGGCGACGUUCGCCGAGCCCUGGGGGAGCAGGAUCUACAUCAGCUGGAUCACUCUGGCGGUGUUCGCGCUGCCCGCGGUCAUCCUGCUGUUUUGCCAGAUGAGGAUCUGCACAACUAUCUACUUCAACAUGAAGAGGAAGGCUCUGCAGUCGGGGCGCGCGGGCACGAGGGGCGUCUCCAACGCAAUGCUCAAGACGGUGAAAAUGACUUUCGUGAUUAUAAUGGCGUACACGGUGUGCUGGAGCCCCUUUUUUGUCGUGCAGCUGUGGUCGGCGUGGAGCCCGAGCAGCGCGCCGACGCAAGGUCCCAUAUUUUCAAUUAUCAUGCUGCUCGCCAGUCUCAACAGCUGCACAAACCCUUGGAUAUAUCUUUACUACAGCUGAGAAACAAAACAAAAAAAAACUCUCAAUUGAACAGCAUAAGAAGACGAGAAAUAAUUACCAGGAUUUCUACAGAUUCCCACCUGUGACGACUGAGGUGAAGAGGUU